UCCUUCAAGUGAGCAAAAUGUAUAUUAUAGUUAAUAGGCACAGGUUCAAUUCUUACAAUAAAAGUUAAAACAGCUUAUCAAGAUGAGUCAAAGCACAUUAAACGUGAUAAAGAACCUGAAUAACUCAUUCCAUAACAAAUACUUGACUCUUUGCAAACGAAAGAACGUUUUGCCGAAUCACGAAAUUAUAAAAAAUAAAUUAAAAUUGGAAGUCGUUGCUGAGCGAAUGAAAAUUUAUGAAUGGCAGAUCGUAACCAAGGCAUUGGAACAAGAUAAUUCAUUGCAAAGCAUAGAAAUUGUAUCAAGGAGACCCGUUCAGUGUGUGCGAGAACAAAUUCAUACUGAGAAGAGAUGUCGUGAUAUUGCUGCUAAGGGUGACCCAUUGAUUUCCACUAAAUAUUUAUUCUGUCCUUUGGUCCGAUCUAUAUCCAAUUGCGUGAAAGACAGUACGGAAAUACAAAGUCUUGCAUUAGAAGGACUUCCAUUGACUGUGGAGUACAUUCAAUCAAUCGCAAAUGCAAUUCUACAAAACAAUUCUUUAAAAAUGCUAAGUUUUGCGCGCAGUAACUUGAUGGACGAUGGAUGUGUAAUUGUUUGUUCCACAAUCAAGCAUUUAUCGCACAUAGAAAAAAUCAAUUUUUCGUAUUGUGACCUAACGGAAAUUUCGGCUGCUCCCAUUGGCAAUUUGAUUAAAUAUCAAACAAUCAACCGGUACUCAGAGGAAUGGAUCAAAUCUUUUCGUUACCAAGAUGUUAGUGAUACACUGCCGGGAUUGAAAUGCUUAGUUUUAAAUGGAAAUGAAGAGCUCGGUGAUAAGGGAUUGCAACGAAUCAUCAUGGAACUGAAAGAUGACGAAUGGAUGAAAGCUAUUGAGUUCCAAAACUGUGGUCUAACUGACAAUGGUGGUUCGUCUAUAAUCGAUUGUCUGAAAUGUAAUAAAACUCUAACGGUUUUCGACGUUGGUUCCAAUCCAAAAAUGAGCCGACGAAUUUUUAAUGAAAUUCAAAAAAUGUUGGGAGCUGACCCAGAUACGUUCGAAAUUGAUCGGAAGGAGAGCACCAUGAAAUUGAGGGAGGCAAUUGAUGUGUUGGAGCAGCGUUUGGAAAUCGAAACAGCAAAUCGUGAACAGGCUAACAAAAUGAAUAUUCAACUGCACAAUAAGUUGAAGAAAGCUAAAGAGAUAAAAAAUAAGGAAGUAGACCUACCACCCGGAUAUUUGCUGAUUAACGAAGAAGUGCUGAAUGCUAUACACAAACAGUUAGAUGAUCUUAGGCGCGAUAAACAUAAUCCGAAAGACGGGCAUGAUCCAUUUACUACAGACAUUCGUGUUCGAAUGUCUGAACAAUCAGUCUGUGGCGAUUCGUAUGAAAUGCAGAACGUACAAAUCCACCAAGGAAUGAGUAGGACAAUUCAGCAAGAAUAUGGAAAUCAUGGAGAUGCAACGGCCGAGAAUCGAAAUCAUGGAGAUGCAACGGCCGAGAAUCACACUGAAAGUAAUAAUAUUGCCGAUAGCACAAUAAUUUCCGAAGAUGAAGCGAAUUUGUUCAAAGUGAACAUGGGCCAAAUGAAGAGUGUAUACACAAUGUUGAACGAACCCAUUGCCAGUGACGACGGGAGUGUCCAUUCGGAUCAAAAUUAAAAUUGUCAGAAUAAAUUGAAAAAUGUAAUUGUC